AUGGACCCGGCAAGCACAACCCCGACAAGUCUAAACACGACAGACCCAAUAGGCGGCACAAACCCAACCACAGAAGAUGGGAAUUCUACAGACAUGGCGCAGGCAAAUAUUUUUGCCGCUGCUAUAGACACCAAACCACUUCCACCUCAGUUCUCGUCUCGACCUGAUCAUCCUGUCCCUCGCACCGGCAUCCAGACCAAGGAGCCGCUUCAGACCAACAAGUUUUACUCGAACCUAUUCUUAGGAAACCAAAGAGACCCAGUCUACACCUUUCCCUAUUCAGUGUCAUGGGUCGACGGCACUGGAGUCAGCGGCAGCCAUGGCAUGGCUGUCUCGCACAUCGAGGAGAAGCAACGGCAGUUUGGACCGCCAAAGUUUAAGGUGCCGGCGUCUUACUACAUCAAUCCUAUCGGGAUUCAGUCAAUGAUUAUUUCGGCAAGGGAGCUUGGCCAAGGAACCAAACUGACUUUGGACAGCAUUACCUCGUCCUCAAUCAGAGCUCAUCUGAGUUCGAACAUGUCGUCGGAGCCGCUUGUUUCGUUCCCCCUCGUUCAGGGCAUGGCGUACAUUACGGCCGAGUACAACGGCGCGACGCCACUUGUGCAAUCCGGCGUGUUUUUCCGCAACGUAACCCGAGCCACACAGAAGUCCAAGAAAGACGUGACAAGAUACAGCUUUGUUUUGGAGGAUGGCACGACGUGGCGCGUAUAUGGCUACAAGACCAAAGGGGACGACCUCGACUUGCAAGUGCUCAAUAAUGGAGUGGCUUCGUCGGCAAGACCUUUCUACGGCGUCAUCCAGGUUGUGAAGGAAUCCACGACAAGUGACUCGGACGAGGAGAGCAAACUUCUGGACCAAGGCGCAGGAAUUUUCCCCAUAACAAUGAACUUGUCUGGAAAUGUGAACGGUGCCAGCGGAAGCUACGAGUUCGACUACGAAAAGGGUGGUCAUCCGGAUGGCGAGCUUCUGAUGUUUGCUCUUCCUCAUCAUGUUCAGUCAUUUGACAAAGCCACGUCAGGUCGUCAAGGCAAAGGAAUUUCACUCAUCUCAACCACCAAAGGUAGAGCUACACUGGUGCAAGGUACGAAGUGGAAGAUGGUUGAGCCGUCCAUGCCUGUAAAGCUUGGUUUUGAACCUUACGAUGCCACCAAGGGCCCGGUGAGCAAGCUCUCGAACAGCGCCAAGUCUACCGUCAAGGCCGCUGCUUCCAAGGAAAUUCUGCAAGACAUGAUUGCCGCGACAGAUCUUGACUCGAUGUACUGGAGCGGUAAAGCAUUAGCCAAAUAUGCAUUCAUGCUCUAUGUCAUCAAUGACAUGCUCGGAGACACGAAGCUUGCGCAGACUGGCUUGGGGCAAUUGAAAGUGGCUUUUGCUCGGUUCGCGGACAACAAGCAGAAGCAUCCGCUGGUGCAUGAAACUGCUUGGGGAGGUGUUGUAUCGUCGGCAGCCUACACCACUGGACAAGCACUGGAGGACUACGGCAAUACGUAUUACAACGACCAUCACUUUCAUUAUGGUUAUCACAUCUUGACAGCUGCAGUGAUUGGGCAUCUGGACAAGAUGUGGAUUGCACAGAACAAGGACUACGUCAACAUGCUGGUGCGAGAUACUUCGAACCCGAGCACCAAGGACACGAUUUUCCCGGUUUGGCGAUCGUUUGACUGGUACCACGGGCACAGCUGGGCAACAGGCCUUUUCGCGUCGCUGGACGGCAAGAAUCAAGAAUCGACUUCGGAGGACAUGAUGCAUGCCUAUGGUAUGAAGAUGUGGGGGAAAGUGUCUGGAAAUGGGCCUCUAGAAGCUCGAUCGAACUUGCAGCUGGCCAUUAUGACACGAAGCUUGCAAAACUACUUUUUGUAUCAAAACGACAACACGAUACAGCCAGCCAAUUUUAUUGGAAACAAGGUGGCGGGCAUCUUGUUUGAGAACAAGGUCGACCACACGACGUUCUUUGGCAAUGAGAUUGAAGCCAUCCAAGGAAUCCACAUGAUCCCGAUCCUGCCGGUGACUACGGUGGCGCGGACAUCCAAGUUUGUGAAGGAAGAGUGGGAGGCAUUCUUCAGCAAUGGGCGGGUGGAUGGUAUCGACAAUAGCUGGAAGUCUAUUUUGCUUGGCAGCUAUGCGACAAUUGCGCCCAAGGAGGCGUACGAGGUGCUGAGCGGGAAGAGGUUUGACAGCAAAUGGCUGGACGGCGGCACUUCGCUGACGUGGCUGCUGGCAUACUCUGCUGCUCUUGGCGGGUUAUGA